GAAGGCCGAGUGGCUGGGGGGUGCAGUAGAGGAGUACUUUUUCCGCAAUGGCCAGCAUUUGCCAAAACGUAGGCUGUGGAAGACUAGUUCUGUGAACUGGUCCUCAGUGAAGAAAAAGCUUCUCCAGUGGAAUUAAUGUAAGAACUUUUUUUCAGCUCCUCCUUAAGAGUCAUAAUAAUCAUUAACAUAAUACAAGCUUGGAUAAAGAUGAGAACCACAAAAAAGAAGCCUCUUUUCCUCUGUUUCCCAUUAGCUUUCUAUGGAUAGCUUCCUUUAAAAACCAGCAGGACAGCUAUUUCUGAAAAGCAGGAUAUGAAACACUGCUGUAGGUGAUUAAAAAUUCAUGGGCCCUUUUUAAGCUGACUUGGAGCUAGAUGAGGUGGAGGAUUUCCUCGGGGAGCUCAUGAUGAACGAAUUUGAUACAGUUGUGGAGGAUGGGAGUCUGCCCCAGGUGAGCCAGCAGCUGCAGACCAUGUUCUACCACUUCCAGAGGGGUGAUGGGGCUGCUCUGAAGGAGAUGGCCUCUCACAUCACCCAAAGAAAGUGCAGGGUCAGAGCCACUGCAGUUACAACAGCCAGAGAAACGGAUGAAGAUGAUGCGGACAGCGUGGAGGAGAUGGAGGUCACAGCUACGAAUGAUGGGGCAGCUACAGAUGGGGUUUGCCCCCAGCCUGAAUCCUCUGGUCCAGACUCCCAGACUAUUAAAGAAGAGGAUAUAGUGGAGGAUGGCUGGACCAUUGUCCGGAGAAAGAAAUGAGUGGGGCUGGAAAUGGUUUGGGCCCUUGCUUGCUAGUUGUUUUGAGACUUGUCUGUAGGGGUUUGGGGGAGGGUUCUGGACUCCUGGACUGGUUGCCCUAUCUCCACCCUCUUCCUGUUCCCCUGUCCAGUUUCCUCCAGGGGAAGAAGAGCGCUAGGGUCCUUGCUCUCGAGGUAGUGUGACCUGGUUCACCACAUCCCCUUGGGCCUUAGGUUACUAUCUGCACGAUGAGGCCUGGUUUCCCAGCACAUUGCCUCUCAGGUGCGGUCAGUGUGAAGAGGGAGGGAUGAGCGGGUGAGGGCAUGACUGGAGGAGAAGCUAAACACUGGUUGACAGGGGCCAGGUGGAUCUGUGAAGGGAGAGGGCCAGCAGGAGAACCAAUAGCCCUGCUGGGUCAGGAAGGGUAAGAUGAACUUGCAAACCAGAAGCGAGAUGAGUCGAAGAUGUGAACGAAAAUAGCUGUGGUACCUCUCUUUCUUCUCCCCCCGCCCAUACACACACACAGCAGCUCUGUACCCCUGGCCAGAAAUUGGAACCUCCCAGGAACACUCCCUUUCUGCAGCUUAGCCUCCAGCCCUGGGUUCCUUCAGGAAGUCUAACACUUUGGCUAGGUGGUGAGCUUGGGGGACCUGGGCUUUGUUUUCUGGCUCCUCCAAUCUCUUUCUGUACACUUAUCCAAAUCCUGGGAUGAGGCUUAAAACCUCAAUGAAUAGUACCUUAUUGUUUAAUCUGUGACUUGACCCGUGAAGAGCCUUGGAAUCAGCCUUUCAGGAGCCGGGCUUCAGAGCUCCACAGGGGAGCAGUUUCUGGGCACACCCUCACAGCCUGUUACUUCAAACAAACAGAUGGACAGAUGGAACACAGCAGCACUCUGAAAGUUUCCAUAAGCCCGAAAUAAACUGUAUUUUUCUUUAAAAAAACAAA